GAACGUCAUUGACUGUUGACAUUAUUAUCGUUAUCGUGUAGAGUUCUACGCAUGGUGAUUUUAUUUGAUUAUUAUAAAAUCUUAUAAUUAAAAGUUUAAAACAGUGUUUUUAUAAUGCCAGAUAUAGACAUGGCUAGUGUGGACGGGGAGGAUAGCUCCCAAGACGGCUCAAUAGCCAACAGUACGUCAGAUUCCGGAAAAGGGAAUAAAGCAUUGAUUAAGAAAAAAACUAGGAAGCGAGGGAUUAUAUAUCUGUCGACGAUCCCUCCUUACAUGAAUGUGGCUAAGAUCCGUGAAAUAUUCAGUGAAUUCGGCGAAGUCGGAAGGAUAUAUUUGCAGCCAAGUGCUAAACCUGGUGAAAAACGCAAGCGGGUGCCAAAUCAAUUUACAGAGGGCUGGGUAGAAUUUCAGAAGAAAAAGAUAGCGAAGUUGGUGGCAACAAAACUAAACAACACUAAGAUUGGCACAAGAAAAAAGUCCCGAUACUAUGACAUGAUAUGGAAUAUCAAAUACAUACCGAGGUUCAAAUGGAUACAUUUGAGUGAAAGACUUGCGUACGAGAGGGCUGCACUCAAACAGAGGUUGAGAGCUGAAAUAUCACAGGCUAAGAAGGAGGCGCACUACUUACAAACAAAUGUAGAAAAGAGUAAAAAAAUGAAGAAAAAGAAACUGGUUGACAACAAUAAAACAACUUUAAGUUGAA